AAUUACAAAUACAGGUAUAUUAAAAAGUUUGUAUGAUCAAGAUACUAUACUUUCAAAAGAUAUUGGAGAUAAAAUGCCGGUUAUAACAGAUUUAAAUGAUGACAAUGAUGUAUUGCCUGAUAAUCAACCGGAAAUUUUCACAAAUAGAUGA